UUGACGAUGUGCUCCACGGUUUGGCUAGAAGGCUGACUCAGACACCACCAAACUGUCCAGAAGUAGAUCAGAACUGCGCUUUAGUGUUUUUGACACGGCACCUGCAUCUUAACGAUGACAUUCAGAAACACCUCUGUGGAUUUAUUUUCGCAGUUUUAUAUCUUGCAGAAUUUCUCCAUGUAUUUUAAUUUCUCUUUGGACGCUAUGUACGACAGAGGAGCGAAUUACGAGUCUGAAUCCCAAAGACCGACCAUCAGAGCGCUGCUCGUCGUCGCAUAUUCCGUUAUUAUCAUCAUCUCGCUGUUCGGAAAUGUGGUGGUUUGUCACGUUGUUAUUAAGAAUAAACGGAUGCACUCAGUGACAAGUUUGUUCAUCAUUAAUUUAGCCAUUGCUGACAUUCUUAUAACUCUCCUCAACACGCCUUUUACACUGGUUCGGUUUGUUUACAGUACAUGGGUGUUUGGGAAGGCGAUGUGCCAUGUGAGCCGCUUUGCACAGUAUUGUUCUGUUCAUGUCUCCGUUCUUACGCUGGUCGCUAUCGCCAUUGAUAGACACCAAGUGGUGAUGCAUCCAAUGAAACAGCGGAUGUCUCGGCUUCAGGGCAUAGCCUGGAUCGGUGUCAUCUGGAUCAUGGGGUCCUGCUUCUCUCUACCUCAUGCCAUCUACCAGAAACUGCUGCGCUUCGAAUUUGUCAAUAACAGAGUACGGAUGGUAUGUCUGCCCAGCUUUCCUCACCCCUCCGAUCUAUUCUGGAAGUAUCUAGAUCUUGCCACCUUUGUCCUGCUCUAUGUAUUGCCUUUAGCAAUUAUCUCCUUAUCGUACCUUGUGGUUGCCAAAAAGGUCUGGUUCCGGAAUGCUGUCGGUGAUGUCACGCUGGCUCAAUCGGCUGCUCAUCGCAGAAGGAAGAAGACAACUUUGAAAAUGCUAAUUGCAGUGGUGGCUGUUUUUGCAGUCUGCUGGUUUCCUCUAAACUGUUACAUUGUGCUGCUGUCAAGUAAUGUGAUCCAGGCUAACAAUGCCCUGUACUUCACCUUCCACUGGCUGGCCAUGAGCUCUACCUGCUAUAACCCCUUUAUAUACUGCUGGCUCAAUCACAGCUUCCGUGCAGAACUCAGAGCCCUGCCUUUAAUUGGCCAUAUAGCCAAGGGCAAUGCCAUCCAGCAAUCCUAAGGAAGCACCUAAGAUUUUGCAGUUCUAUUUUUUCUUUUAAAAUUCUGUUGUUUCUCAUUUUUAUCCCACCCACAGCUCUACUUUAGUCAUCUCCAUCUUAGUGAAAAUGACACCUAAACCCAUGUCCUUUGAAAAAACAACAACACUGUGCUGCCAUGGAAGAGAUGACAUAAAUAAACUAGGGAUGCAUCGAUCUGAUACUCAGGAUUGAUACUUGCUCUGAUACAGGAAUUUUCUGCUGGUCCAAAUCCGAUAUUGUGCGUAUUCGAUUCUGUGUUAUUGUUGAGCCCCAUGAAAGGUCAUAAACAUGAUAAAUCAUCAAAAAGUAUUUGUGCACUAUUUUUCAUGUGUUCUGAAAUGUGAGUUCAAUGUGAGGUAUAGAUGAACAUUUAAGUAAUUAAAUUCAAGUUCACAUAAACUCUUCUUUCCACUGCGGCUGUCUGUCAUCCUCCAUUCAGCAAUCAAACUGCGUGUUGCAUUUGGUUACUACAGUCAAAACAAUGAAACUCUCUUCAAGAG